ACUUACAAACUAAAACUUCUCCUCACCUCACCAGAAAUUAUUCACCAGCUAAACCCAUUCUGCUGCUUCACCGACAAUGGCGUCUCUGCUGCGUCUUCUUCUCCCGCUGUUCCUUUCCUGCGUUGUUUUGUUCAGCCACCAAGUCAAGUGCGAUGGAGUAGAUGAGGAAGAUACUCUUCUUCGAGGCAUCAACGGCUAUCGGGCUUCCACCUUGAACUUGGCAACCCUUACAAAGAACGCCAAUGCAGAGUGCCUUGCCGAUGAGAUAGCUGACCAAUUAAAAAAUAAACCCUGCACAAACACCACAGGCGCCAACACGGUACCGGGCACUGAACCUCAGUUUUCCGGCUAUCCGAAACUUUUAGCCAAAUGCCAUUUGAAUGUCUCUAACACAAGAGAUGGGGUCAUAAUGCCUGCUUGCGUUCCCAGCCUGGUUCCUAGUCUGGUCCUUACCAACUUCACUAAGUCUCAGUACUCUGAGAGUCUUAAUGACACCAAGUAUACAGGAAUUGGAAUUGGCUCUGAAGAUAAUUGGAUUGUUGUUGUUUUGACCACCAACACACCAUAUGGAAGCUUUUCGAAUGCACAAGGGUCACAAGAUGAAGAAGAAUCUGCGAGUUCAGUUCCGAAGAUUAGUUUGGUUCCCUACUUGCUAUGUUUGCUGAUGGGUUUUAUCUUCCAUUUGUAAACAAAGAGGAUCACCAUACACUUUAUUUGCUCAGACUAUUUCUGUCUUUGUUGAGAGACAUCAGUCGAAGGAUGCCAUAAAACAAGUUCUGUGUUUUUCCCACAUAGGAGAGACAUGAAUAUCCAAUCAGAGCUGCUUUUUUUUUUUUUUUUUUCGGUGGAAAUAAUGUCAUUCUUGCAUAACUUGAUGUGUCUUGUUGUAACUGAUAGUAGAUUGUUGAACAGAUUUAUCACCAUUGUUUUUGAGCUUUCAACUUCAGAAGUUUUGUGAUAUAAGUGAGAAAAGAACACGUCAAAUGUUUCGUUCUCCGUACUGUACUGAUCAGUAAUUUAAUAAAGAUUUGCAUUACGUUAUUUUA